AUGGGUACCCAAGGAGCUGGUACGAUCCAGAACUUCAACUUCACUCUUACGACUAGUCUUGGAUACGUCUCCGUCGCGAGCAAGGGAUGUAGCGACUGUAGUGACACUCCUCUCUACGACAUCUCGCUCUCCCCGGAAGCCAAGAGUCUGAGCGGACAGCCCGCCAUGUCGCUCGGCGCAGGGAACUUCAGCGGCUCGCUCAUGAAGGAGAACUGCACGCUCCCGACGACCUCGGGCGCCCCCUGGUCGUACACGAACCAGACCGUCGUCCUCAUGAACAACACCUCCCCGGGCAGCCCGUUCCAGGACGGCAUCUCGGGCCUCCUCGGCCUCGGCACGCUCAAGCAGCCGACGACCGCCGCCGGGUUCAGCGCGAGCUUCGACGACGGCCUCUACGGGCAGUACUACAUCCGCAAUCCCGAGGCGGCGAACUUCACGUUCGGCAUGAUGCUCAACCCGUCCCCGGUCAUCCCCGGGAACUCGACGGACAAGCUCUCGAUCGCACCUGGGGCGCCGUCGCUCGCGGACCAGGACGCGGGCACGAUCCACUGGCAGCAGCCGGACCCGUCCGCGUACAAGGCGAGCCAGGUGUCGUGGACGACCGCACAGGGCGGCGUCACGAGCGGGUACAUCGCGGGCAACCAGCAGCCGGACUUGACCGUGCAGCUCGACGGGUGGUCGGCGAAGAUCGGGAGCAAUGGGCUCUCGAGCGCGAGCUUCAUGGCGAACAUCGACCCGUAUUACUCGGGCAUCUACCUCCCUGGCUCUGAGGCGCGUCUAAUAUAUGACGCGAUCUCAGGCUCGCAGCUGGUGCAGAAGUCAACGAUUCCGGGCCAGACCGUCUCGUGGGAGGUGCCCUGUAACACCGCCAUCCAGUUCACGGUCUCCAUCGGUUCGCAACAGUUCAGCGUCGACCAGUCCCUGCUCGUGCAGAAGCAGAGCGACGGCACGUGUAUCAGCAUCAUCGAGGGCUUUGCGGACGACUCGGUGACGCAGUACAUCUUUGGGCAGACCUGGAUCUCUCAGCUCUACGUCAUCUUCAACAUCCCGAAAGACGGCUCCGCGUCGAUCGCGUUCGCCCCGCGCGCGGCCUCCUCCAAGUCACGCGACAUCGGCGCGAUCGUCGGCGGCACCGUCGGCGGCGUCGCGGGCGUCGUUGCGCUCGGCCUCCUCGCGUUCUAUAUCAUCCGCCGCAGGCAGGACAACACCUUCUUCCGCCGCGCGGCGGAGCUCGAGGAGGAGCACAAGGUCGCGAGCACCGUCGAGCCGUACACCUUUGGGGGCGACAGUGGCGCCUCCGCGCUCGGGCACCACCCGUCGCUGUCCGCGUCCGCGUACGGGAGCCCGCCGGUGUCCCCGCACGCGGGGGUGCCGCUGCUGGACCGCGAUGCGGGCCCGCUGCCGCAGCUCCCGCCGUCGUACGAGGAGGCGAGCGAGGCGGGGGGCUCGUCGUCGGUGGUGAGCCCGGGGCCGCGGGCGGGCGGGUUCCCGAGCGAGAAGGGGGUGUAUAGGCGCGAUACGGUCAUGACGACGGCGACGACGACGAGCGGGUUCGGCAGCGCGCCGACUACGCCUAAUCAACAGCCGACGUUUGGGGACUCGAAGAGCGCGGUGUGA